AUGAUCAACCCGCCUAUCCCCCGUAGCCGCCACGAGCGCUACGACAGCACCCCUUCCUUUCCGCUCCCUCUCCUACCCGCUCCCUCCUCAUUCACCACCGACGCCCAUCCCACUCUCACCACCGACCUCGAGACACACACCUACGCCUCGCCCCGCCAGCGCCGCGUCAUCCAGUCUCUCUCGGCCACGUACUCCAAGCGCAACGGCAACAUGGUCGGUCGAGCUCCUCACUACCAGGGCAUCCGACACCACCCCGAUAUCAUCCCCUUCAUCAACGCGGCGCGCGAUUACGACCAGGAGCUUUUGGACCUGCGCUUCAAGCUCGCGGGCCCGACCGCGGUUCACUUCCUGACUCUUCUCGACGCGGAGAAGGCGAUUGCCAGCCUGGGUCGCGCGAGUGCGAUUCUGACGAACGCGACGUGGAGAGUGCGACGAAGUGAGGAUUUGUGGGAGAUUCAGAGUGCUUGUGAAGAGACUGGCGAGGAGGUUUGGUGUUAUCAGUUGGCCAAGAUCAUCGACAGCGGCAAGGUCGACGCAGAGCUAGCAUGCCACGGAUUCUGGUCCACUGCGAUGCACGACUUCCAUCAACUAAUCGGACAAAUGAAGAAUGAAGCCCAGUACAUGCAGAGCGUCGUGGCAAGCAUCGAGCAGAACCGAGAGUUGCCGUUCCUCCGUGAGCAGCGCCAGAAGUCGAAGAAGGCGCGUAAUCCUCCUCCUCCUCCUCCCCCCGUCGAUUCCGCGAAGAUACCAACUAACACCUUCUCCAGCGUACCUUGCGCUCUAAUGUCGGGCGCGCUGCCCGUCGACGACGCCGACAAGCCUAGUUGGGCCAGCAGCCUGAAGGCUCGGCUUGCAAAGACUAAGUCGAGCAACCCGCUCGGAAUCGAUUUUGCUGUUCUCGCGCUCAAGGCUCGCUACCAAGUCCUCAAAGCCCAAGAAAGGUGGCGUGGUGGGGAAAGUCCGGAGGCGUCGCGGGAUGCAUGGGUUGCAUUUCGAGCAAGUUUGUGGAAAUACCCAGGACCUCAUUUCACUGAUGUGAUCAUUUUAACCUAUAAGACCGACACAAGAAUCCUUCUCGCGGAGCGGCAGAUUGAACCAUCGGUAGACUGAGGUCGGACUGGAGGAAAGGUGACGAAACUAGAGGAAACUGAGCUGGUAUAACAAAAAUAGGAGAUGAGAAAAUCAUUGCAGGUCCCAAGAGCAACGUGACAUGAAGUUUCCUGAGUUUCAUGCGUCUGUGUUAAUCAUAUCCGUGUCGCAAAGCGUGUAGGCGCCAAAGUACGAUAGACUAGUCGUAAUACUAAACGC